CCCCAAUGCAAUCUCCAUCUCUCUCUCUCUCUCUCUCUCUCUCUCUCUCUCUCUCUCCAUAUCUAUACGAAUAAAUCCAUCAUCAUCCUCAUAGUCUGAUUUAUCGAGUUCUUCAAUCCUCUGCUCGGAUCUUUCGUUGGAAAAUUUCAUAUCUACUUCAAUGAAGCCUUGUUCUACCAUCCCAAGAGAAAAUGUUAUAGACGUGUCAUCCUCCGACUGCAGCAGCACAAAUGACGAAAAUACCCUUUCGUGUGCUGAUUCCCAAAAACAGUUAGUAAUUUACGAACCUUCUAAUGGAGGUGAAAUUGAAGUAAUCCCAGAUCCGAUUUCAUAUAAACCUCAAUCAUUUCAAAGGGUAUUACCGUCCAUAGGUGCUUUCACUGCUCAAUGUGCCAACUGUUUUAAAUGGAGACUUAUCCCAAGUCUUGAGAAAUAUCAAGAAAUCCGGGAACAUAUUACCAAAAAGCCCUUUGUGUGUGAAAAUGCUCAUGAGUGGCACGCUGAUGUGUCAUGUAGUGAUCCUGCUGAUAUUGAGCAAGAUGGAAGCAGACUUUGGGCUAUUGACAAGCCCAACAUUGCUCAGCCUCCGCCAGGGUGGCAGAGGGAGUUGAGAAUCAGAGGUGAAGGAAGUAAAAAGUUUGCUGAUGUAUAUUAUACAUCCCCAACAGGUGUUACACUGCGUUCAAUACCCGAUAUAGAAAAGUUUUUGUUUAAACAUCCGGAGUACAUGGAACAAGGGGUUACAAUAUCACAGUUUUCAUUUCAGAUUCCAAAACCAUUACAGGAGAAUUAUGUAAGAAAACGUCCUUCACGUGCAGUAUCAGCAGAUUUGCUUCCAUAUCCGCUUGUAAAGAAGGCAAGGAGUGCACCACGAAAUCGGAUACACAAUUUCGAUUUGAUGUUUAGACGUAUGUAGGUUUUAGACUUUUAGUAAUUAGAAAGAAACGAAUAUUAGAAUUAAAUUCCACACAAUUAUCAACUUUUUUUUUUUUUUUUUUUUUGUGAACUUUGAGCUCCGAAAGCGGGUUCUUUUUUAGGGUUGGGAAAGGAGGAUGCCAUGGUGAUUGUUGUUUUGGGAAUUGUGUAUGGGAAAGAACCCUAAUAUUGGCAAGUAUAUAAUUACUAAUUUAGUAUUAUAAGAU